ACAGUUUGAUUCAAUUUUUUACGGUUUUUUUAACGGUAGCUUGUCGUACCGUUCAAAUAACAUGAAUUAAAAUUCAAAUGACAUACCUUGCAACCCCUCUUUUAAAUAAAGGGGAUGACAACGAGUUGUUGGCGUGUGGAGGGAAAUGAAUUCAUAGCGGGAAACUGCAGUACUAACGAUUUGCAAGAGAAAUGUAUCUUAUAUAUGUGAAUACAAUGUCGUGCUCUACCAAUGGCAAGUCCGCGUCCAGCUAGAUGGCAUUCUUGUGCCUGUGUGCGCGUUUCAAUACGGAUUCAACGGUACGAGUGUGUUUUACGCCGCUAAUUUACGAUUGCGCUUUCGAAGAAAUGUAAACAAUAAUCGUGGUUCUCGUUUUGAACGAUCAGAAACCGUGUAACGCCACGGAAAGGUUGAAUAAAGUGUCAAUGAAGGAAAUGGCACAGUUCGAAGACAAUAUAAACGUUUAAUCGUUCGGUGUAAAGUUUGUUACGUACGAACUGGGUUUGGUUCUGUGCCCGAGUCUGUUCACGAUAGCGUCGUAACCUCUUUCUCGGAUCUCACCGUUUGGAGAAUUCAGGUAUUUUCAAUUGGAAGGACAAUGGUUGGUUUAUGUAACAUUUCCGUGCGAUAUUCCACGAGAGGAUUGUUCCUCGUCGUGAUGUGACAGCGUACGAAACGGUUAACGCGAGAUGAGGUACGCAUAGGAUACUGAUUAUGGAUUAUGACUCUGCGUCGAGUUGCGAGAAUCGUCUGAGAGAUUUUGAUGCUUCAGAAGAUUUGCCGCGCUUGAGAGAGUUACGAACGAUUGAUAAUUCGGUGUGCACCUCGGGUUCUGCGCCAUGGCAGAGUCUGCAAGUGAUGGCUUCACAGCCAAAGCUGAAACUGGGCAUGGUAAACAAUAGCCUCUCCAAUCAGGUAAUGGAAUAUUAUCAAAAGUAUUCACAGAACACGAAUUUGGAUCAAUACUUUUCGUUGCCCCCGACCAAUACAUCGCCAGAAGCCAUUAAAUAUUAUUACAGCAUAUAUAAGUUAAAUCCAAAACUAGCAGCUGGCAGACAAGACUGCAUCGGAGAGGAAUAUAACUUGCGUUCAUACGUGCCUAGAGAAAGAAGGAGAUGGGUAAGACCUCCCUUAAUAGGUCAGUCCUCGAAUACAGAUUCGUCGACUAGCUAUGUUCAACCUCUCUCGAAUUCGGAAUCGCCAUCCCCUGAUUUGAAACGCAACACACCUGAAACAAUUUUGGAAGAGAAGAAUGAGAAUCCAGAACUUCUAACAGAGACUGUAGAGCGUAAAGUAUCUUCUCCAACUUCUAGCAUUGCCUCUCACAAACCACUUGAAUGGGACAGUGGUGCGGAUGUUGGAUACUUCCACACAUUGCCCCAGAAUAAACAAGGUGACAAAAAAUUAAGUACUAUAGAACGCAUGGCUUUAGCUAGAGGUUGUUCAGCCGCUUUAAGAUUAGAUCCUGAGGGCACCACUGAAUCCGGAGUCUCUGGUAAGCUUGCAGGAGCACAGAGGAACUCUAAAACUGUUACACCUGAUGCCAACUCCACUCCCCUGUUGGGAAACAUUUCAGGUUCUGAAAGUGAAAUCGAGAUCACUCCUAUAGUAAAGAAUCAUUUGUCAGGUAUAAUAGCAGGGAAUACUAUAAAUUCCAAUGAAAGGACAUUACCAAAAGACUUCAAACAACAGGACUCUCCUUUACAAACUUCAAGAAGGGACCAAAACAAUGAUACCCCCAAAUUGCCAUUUCCUUUCAAAAUCCCCGCGGUAAAGCAGACAGAGGUAAGACGGACGAUAAGCAAGCAGUCCACGAACAAGGAGAACGUGUGCCCCCCAGCCUCACCGUUGAAGAAGAGUACAUCGAUGAACACGUUGAUCAUACCGGCGUCAAAGUUCACGCUGAAGAGGAGCCAGAGCGAGUUGAAUUUGCACGCGAAAGACAAGAACCGGGCUGGGUUGCCGUUGAUGUUCAACUCAUCUUCGUCGAUCGCCACCAUUGUAAAUAAGCCCUCCACUUGCGACAAAGUGAUACAGACGAGUCUGAAUGCGUGCAGCCAAGAGUCCGUCGGCGUUCAGGUCUCUGUUCUCGACGAGGAGAAACCGCCGUUACCAAAGAGAGGAACUAGUUUACAGAAGAGCAUGACCGUGAUCAUGAAGAACUCCAGAGAUACGUACAAGGUCCCAAGUUCGAGGAAACAGCGAGUCAACGAGACCAGCGACACCAACAGGCAUAUCAGAGUGACCAAGACGCGUCGUAGCUGUUCGGAGCCUUCUCAGCACGGCUCAGGGUCGCAGACACCUCAACUGGAAGAAGUGGAGAACAUAACCGGUCGAGCAAAUAGCUUCGAAUACUUCCCUGGACACGUCUACGAGAAUGUACUGAAUGGAAGCGGCAGUCAUGUCUCGUCAACGGACACCGGCAGGUCUCAGUCUACACUGCCGAACACCAGCUCCAGCAUUAACGAGAAACUCUGGGGCGAUUCAGAUAGUUUAGUCAGGGACCUAGAACGUAGUGUCAACAUUCUGAAGAGCUUGGUGGAUGCGAACAAGUGCGACAAGGAUGUGAGGAAAAGACUGAUUCACCAUGUGGUAAAGAGACUGAUCACCGCCAAAUACACCGACGAUAAGAUCGAGCAUAAUUUAGAGGAUAACGUACCCUGGAAUCCGGACCAUGCUAGGAACAAGGUAUACAGGGCGGAGAUUCUUCAGGCUCUGACGAAGAAGCACACGACGAGCGACUCUUCGGGGGAUUGGAACACGCAGAAAGGAGCCGCGUGCGGACGCAAGCCACCUGGAAGCGGGAGAGUCAUUGCGAAGAACGUUGUUUUAGGAAGCAGUAGCGAUAAGAUCGACAAGAAUACUGACAGAACGGAGACCGAUGGGCGAAAAGCAAGAAUGGGCCUGAGAUCCGAUGAUUGUCGUCGAAGUACCAAUACGGAGCCGGAUAAGAGCGAGAGUUCUGAAUGCUUCUUCCCGCAAAGGGGUCGCAAAACUAACAAAGACUUAUUCUGCGUGAAGGAGAGAUGCAAGAUGCCCAGCAUAUCGAAGCAGCAAGACUCUAGUUUAUCGAACAGUACGCCAGACGAUCACAACAGGAUGCUGCUGGACGCGGUCUUAAAUCUGAGGAGGUCGGGAAACGUUCGUUCCAGCAAUACCGAAGAUCCAGUGGGAUGGAGGCUGCCAGCGACCUUGUCGGAAAGACAGUUUGAGAUGAAGAAGUGUGGGAACUCAGACUCUGCAGACUCAAAAUUGGUCAGUUACGCGGAUAUGGAGAAAAGGAAGCAGUUGAUUUGGAUCACGAACAAGAUCAGUUAUUUAUCGAACUUGAAGAAGCUGUUGGAAGAACCGCGGAGGGUUGAGAGACCCAGAAUAUCACCUAGGAAGUCAAGGUCAACAAACUUCAAGAAACCACUUGCUCCUUUGAGUCGUAUUCAUGGUAGGGAAGAUGAUUACCUGCGAAGCACAGAGUCUGAUGGACAAAUGAACUCCAUGGAUGAACCGUGGUCUUCCCACUGCAACCUUGUGUUUCGACCACCUAGUCGAGCACACAGUAUGAUUCAAAGGGUCAAGAAGCGAAACAGCUGCGCUCAAACAGCGACCAAUGUUACCAGUGCCCACUCGAGAACUGGCGGCGAGAUCGUGUCCGCUUCGAACAUGCAUCACUCUACCAUGAAAUUGGUGAACACCGGUGUGCAGACUGAACCUCAGGAAACUUCGACGAUACCUGCUUUGAUACAGUCAGAGAUCGUGCACUAUAUCAAGUGUCCAGCGCACAACGCGAUGCACUUCCAGAACAGCUACAAGAACAACAUGGAUAAUCAAUGCCCUAAGCACUGUGCUAUUCAGAAUAUGGUGUCCACAUGCGUGUACUGCCUCCAGGAACAGAAGGAUCAGACUAACAGUGUGCAAGUGGUGCACGCGAACACUGAACAUUUUAGAGAGGACAGUCCCACGGAUUCGCAGACGCAGUUGGAACACGUUAAUGGCGAUAUCGAGAGCUCUACCGAGGCCACUCGGCUCUGUGUUAAUAAAGAGGUCAGUCAGCUGAAACAGAAAGAGACUAAGAAUCAAAUAAACGCCUCGAAGACGAGGCACACUUGCGACUGCAAGCACCAGGCCAAAAGACCGAUGUCCAAAGGGUGUCAGACGAGUUCUGCCGCUCAGACACUGGAAACGAAUAAUGGUCCUAAAUGUGAAGAUUGCCAGAAGAAGGUGUAUUGUGCUCAAGAGAGGGACGAAGCGAAUGGCAAAGGGUGCAACUGCACUACAGCCUGCAACUGUGAGAACAAUCAGCCAAAGAAAAGCCGAGUACCAUUUAGAGCCAACCCGAAGUACCAUCAGGAGAGCAACGGAUGCGCCUCGAGCUUCGAACAGAAUGGUUACACAAAUUUAUGCGAAUGCUCGGCUGAUUGUUCUUGCGAGAAUAGAGCUGGCAAGGCUCUGCACAAUGGUACUCGCCAUUGUGGCCAUUGGCCAGAAGAGGACCGUAAUGUCCGCGUUCGGCCUCGAUACAACGGGCAGCCUGAGAAUCAGUACAAAGCACAAAACUCAAAAUGCGAUUGCGAGAAGGAUUGCUCGUGCCACAAUAGACCAGUGAAACACAACGAAGAGUUGUACGGCAGGGGCUAUCCAGAAGCGGGCGACGCAGAUAGGAGUUGUAAACACUGUCAUCGCUGUAACGCCAACACGGCUACUCAGACUUUGAAGCAGCCUAGCUGUCAAACUUACCCGAAAGCAGUCGCCUACGAAUUGUCGUUCACGAAGGAGAAAGUGCCAUUACCGAAUCGUGUUGUUAACGGGAGCAAACCUGAUGGCUGUGUUUGUAACAUGGUGAAGAAGAUUAGUCCCAGUAAGAGCUCGCCAAGGAAGGAUACCUUACAGGAUUACCUGACCAGGAACAAAGCGGAUUUCGUAAGCAACGCGGAAACGCGCAGGCAAUAUAUGUCGGAAAUAUCCCACCUGCGGCAGCUGCGAAAAGAGAAGCGGAUUCAACUGCUAGCGAUGGCUACCACGUCGAACAUACUUAAAUCGCCGAAGCCUUCUACGAAACCGACUGUUUGCACGCAGAAGCGGGUGAGCGAAGAGGAGAUCAGGGAGAGACUGAGGAAACGGUAUCUCCGUUUGAACGAGGUGCGCCAGAGAAAGCGGCAGCAGGAGAAGCAAGAAGAGACCCGACGGAACAAGCUGAUGGCGAAGAUCUUUUGCAAGAAGCUGCAACAAAAGGUACUAAGAGGUCAGGUGUACAAAGGCAAGUACCUGGGCAAGUUGAACGCGUACCAUCAUCAGGUUGCCGGUGACGUUUACGUUGUCGACGAGUACACGUUGCUGCUGACGUCUUUCAGUUACGAUGGGAACGGGGCUGACACGUUCUUCUGGGCUGGCGCGGCGAAUCGGCCUGGACCACAGGGCUUCAUUGUGCCCGACGAAUGGGGAAAAACGAACGUCCUCAAUCGAUACUUAAAUAAGGAUUUCACUCUUACUUUGCCGGACAAUAAGAAAGUGACGGACAUAAAAUGGUUCGCCGUGUACGAUCUAGGGAGUCAGAACACGUUCGGCGAUGUCUAUAUUCCCGAGGAAUUCGACCCACCAGCACCGCAGAAGAUCUCGCAAUUCACGAAACGGUCACAUGGGGUUUCCUCCGAAUCUUUACUGAUUAUGGACUCGAAGACUAUCAAGAUACCUGAAUUCACCUAUGAUGGAGAAGGAACGGAUACUUAUUUCUGGGUUGGGCUUGGACCUCAGCCAUCUAGCAAAGGAACUAAAGUUCCUGAUGAGUAUGGCUAUUUAGAGCCAAUACGGGUGUAUAAGGGUGAAGAUAUAGUGAUUCAGCUACCCGGAGAUAUGACAGUCUUCAACAUCGACUGGUUGAGCGUGUUCGACGUGAAGAGCAAAUCGAAUUACGGCUCUGUUAUCAUUCCAGACGGCUUGAACGUGCCGCCGUCCCUCGUAAAAGUGAUCAAGCACACGCAAACCCUGCCGAAUUGCAUUCAACUCCACAAACGGUUUCAAGUCAGCUGGGAGAUCUUUGGUCCUCAGAUCACUGUUCAGUUGGCUGGGCAAGUCGACGAAAAUGAGUAUAUGGCGUUCGGACUUUCCGGUUCGGAGACUUCGAGCCGAAUGGAAGGUGCGGACGUUGCGGUCGCUUAUAUGGAUGGGACCAGAGGAUACGUCGUUGAUUACAACGUCACCGCGAAAGCACCAUGCGGGAAAGUUCUUGGACAGUACAGAGGAGUCUGUAGGGACGAAGUGUUCGGUGGUCUGGACAACAAUCAGCUGUACACCGCUGUCAGGGCAGACGGGAUCAACAUAAUCAAUUACAGGCGUACUCUAAACUCUUCUGAUCCGGGAGAUAAAGAGUACCCUACAGAUCGACCUGUUUACAUAGUGUGGGCUCUGGGUAAAUUGGAUGAGAACCAUGAGCCUACUUUCCAUGAUCUAUACCCUAAGAACGACUUGAAAGUGGAACUGGGUCGAUCAGAGCCUGAGAACACUUGUAUGGACUUUACUGAGGACGACCAGUCUCUAAUAGAGCCCUGGGACAAGGCGGAAAUAUUUGACAGAAGCAUCAGGACAUUCAAAGCUACCAUUGGCCCGUCUGGAGGCAAAAAGGGUUACCAAGGGAUAACGAAACAAACUGCCACGGGUUUGGCUUGGUACAUCGAGGGACAGUUAGUUCCUGAACUGUACCUCCGCCGGGGGUUAACUUACAAUUUCCGUGUUCACGGAGGCAAUAAUCCUCACAGCCCGAAUCUGUAUCAUCCGUUGAUCAUCACGGAUGAACCACACGGCGGCUACGAUAGGCUUAGCGACGCGGCGCAAAGCAAAAUCAGGGUUUUGGCUGGCGUUGAGUUUACUAGACGUGGUCAACCGAGACCUACCGCUGUUGGUCCACUCUGUUUGAGCAAGCACGACGAUCGAGACAGAAGAUUAGACGAUGAUUUCUUGACAUUCAGACACUUCAAUAGAACGUUAGUGCAUACGUGCGAACCAGGCGAAGGUGGACUGUUGGAAGUUACCCCGAAUUCAACGUGGCCGGACACAGUUUAUUACAAUUCGUUCACCCACGCCAACAUGGGCUGGAAGAUCCACGUGGUGGACGCUUACUCGAGGAGCGACGCUAUCUCGCAAAAAUUGUCGUUCCUCGUGGGACUAACGGCUGUGUUUUUUCGUCUGUUAUAAAUUUAGAUAUAAGUUGUUGUCGAGAUUAAUCGCUGCUCCUCGCUAUGCGAACGUUCACUGACUGAGAUGAAGAGAUUUUCGAUUGUAGACCGUUUAGUUCCUACACGAGAGAUAAAGGAAAAAUUUCAUCUGUACGCGUAGAAUGCUAACGUCAUCGAUCAUGCACUUUUUCGUCUGAUUUCUUAAUAUUUAAUGGUAGUUUAUUUAUCUUAGCAGCAUUCGUAAUUUCAUGUUUCACGCAAGAAAUUAAUGUGUCAUGGAAAUAAAACAUCUUUUAUUUA